AUGCCAUUGUUCCAACCCUCAGAUGCAUUGGCAGAACUGACAUUCAAACCUGGGUUCAAUGACAUACCAAGCGAAGACUACGACUUCUGGGUUGAAACGCUCCAGAGGGUCUGGUCUGGUGAUGAUGGUCACAGGCGCGCACGCAUGUGCGUACUUAACCUUCGUGACAGAGAUGGCUUACAUGGCCGUCUUUUUGACAUUCAAUGUCCAGUGUUAAGAAUUUAUGGAACCAAGAACGCGAUAUACAGUGUCCGGAACGCCGAGGAUGAGAUGAAACUCCUCCCCAACAGCCCAGAUUCCAAGCUACUAGUGGUUGAAGGAGGCGCUCAUUAUUUGAAUUAUAGGCACCACCAUGAAGUCGAUGCUGCGCUUAUUGAUUUCCUGGGUCAAUAUAUGUAG